AAUCAACUCCUUUCAUAGGUUGAUUUAAAAUGUUAUUAAACGUUCAAAUCAAGUUGUCAUGAGAGAAAUGAAUCAAGAUUCUCUGAUUUUCUUUUAAAAAAGGAGAAAAAUAAAUGAAGACCAGCUACACAUCCUAAUCAAUAUAAAGGAGACCAAAAGAUUCCCGCUUUUAUCUGAGGGCUGUAGUUCGCUCUUGCAAUUUGUGGAGAAGAGGGUGGACAUAUUUUAACAUUUUGCAAAAAAAGAAGCCGAUACAUUUCAGGAUAUGACCGUGAGCAGUAGUAAGGAUCGUCGCCGUCGGAUGGUAAAGAACGGAGUGCGCAGUGUGUGGCAAUACUCCCAGCAGAUAUUUGCAGUUUCUGCUGUCAAUGGAGUCAGCCAUAUCGCUCUUGCGAGAUCCACAGGGCGUCGCCUGUUAUGGACGACCCUCUUCGGUGUUGGCAUCAUCGGCUGGUUUUACCAAACGACUACACUACUCGAGUACUACUACAAAUACCCUUCCGUCGUCAACAUUCAAGUGGAAAAGCCCCAAAUUUUAGAUUUCCCUGCUCUCACAUUGUGCAAUGUCAACAGAAUUCGAAGAUCUGUUUUUUGUCGAGAAUUCCCGAAACGUUGUGGAGAGCAUGGCAUAGAGUUGACAGAAGAGGAAAUAUUCAACAUUACGUUAGACUAUCAACGCAAGGGACGGAAAUUUGAACUCGGUCACCAGUUGGAGGACAUGGUGGUCAGUUGCGAAUUUUCAGGUCUCCCUAUCCUAGACACUACCAGCUGUCUCAACGAUGGUGUGAGACAGAGGCUCUACGUCACUGAACCGGAUGCAUGGCAGGAUAAAAAAGAUAUGGAACUUGUCUUGAAUCUAGAGAAGGAUGAAUAUCUAGAUGAAGACGAGACUCCUGGCCUUAUCGUGACGCUUCACGAGGAUAUGACCAUGCCACAUGUUCUAGCUCACGGGGUACAUGUCUAUGCGGAGCACACUUACACUUUAGCUGUUGAGAAGGUAACAGUUAAUCUUCUAACAGAUCCCUUCGAAUCCAACUGCACAAACUUCAAGAAGUUGCCAUUCCAAUCAGAGCAUCGCAUGGAACUUUCACCCAGGAUGUGUACUGUAGAGUGUCUACUUUACCACCAAAAACGAGAGUGUGGCCAUAACUACGUGACGGAUAACGUUGUUUUGUACUCCGAACGCAUCCCUUAUGAUUCAGAACAAGUCACUCGAGGUGAUCGCAUGUGUGCUGCCCGCCUUUCUGAGGCUUACAAGAAUUUCUGCCGAACUCUUUGCAGCGUUCCUUGCCAUGACACACAAUACCCUGUUACCAUUGAUUCAUCUCCAACUUCUGAGCAUAAAAUGAUAAGAAAAAGUGAAGUUUUGGACUCUUACCAUCGGCGCAGGGGUGAAAACAAGAAGAUGCUGUUGUCUGAUGUUCGUAUCCAUUACCAGACACUGCAACAUACUGUGUUCAACCACACUCCAGAAUUUACGACGGAGCUUCUAUUCAGUUAUUUGGGAGGUAUUUCUGGCGGAUGGCUAGGCAUAUCCCUGCUCGAAUUCUGUGCCUUUGUUGAAGGAUUAUUUUCCGUCAUCAUGUAUGCCCUUCAUCUCUGCUGCUCCUCACCAAAAACCAAAGGGCAAAAGAAGGGGAGAGGAUCAUCUAAAAUACCAUUCUCAUCCAAGAAAUCUCACAACUCGUUUCCCACGAAGUGUCAUUGCAACAGUGGUGUUCUUCUGGGUUUGCCAGUUACUAAGUCGGGGCGUAGAGUCCAAGUUCUGCCCUAUGCUUUCUACUGA